AUCCUUAAUAGUUUUAGGUAGGUAGCCCCUAUUUUACAAAAGUGGUAGGCUUUCUUGGAUUCAUUUUCCAAUGUCUUCCAUGCAGGACCCCAGGCGAGAAGAGAAUGGUUGCAUUCGGAAAGAUACUCCCAGUAGUUGGUGAGUUUGGAGCAUUUCAAAAUCGCCUGUUGUUGGCAAUAUCGAUACCCAACAUAUUCAUGGCCUUUCACAUGUUCAGCCAAGUUUUCACAGGUAUGAAUUUUCCUCACCACUGCAACACCGACUGGAUACUCGCCCGUGGACCCAAAUUGACCUAUGACCAACAGAAAAAUCUCACACUUCCAAUGAAUGAUGUCGGGGAAUAUGAGAGCUGUCGUAUGUUCACACCGGUGGACUUGGACUUGGAAACAAUUCAAGAGCAAGGAAUCAACAGCACCAUAUAUUGUACAGAUGGGUGGGUUUACGACACACCCCAAGGAAACCCCACUCUGGUGACAGAGUUUAACCUGGUGUGUGACAACAAAGGUGUGAGUGAGGCAUCACAGUCCAUCUACAUGACCGGCCUCCUAAUAGGGUCCCUGGUGUUUGGACCUAUGGCAGACAGGUUUGGUCGUCGCUUCGCCAUCCUCAUUUCCCUGCUCUUCCAAUUGCUGUUUGGAGUGGCCGCUGCCUUCUCCCCCAACAUCUAUGUCUACAUUAGCCUUCGGUUCGUGGUCGGCAUGACAAUAUCAGGCAUUGCCAUGAACACAUUUGUGCUAGGGGCUGAGUGGACCAGUACAUCUAAGCGGGCCCUCUUCACCAUCCUCUCACAAUGUUUCUAUGCCGUGGGGCUGAUGUUGCUGCCGUGGAUCGCCUACGGGGUCCGCAACUGGAGGGUCCUGCAGCUGGUGCUUUCCAGCCCCGUCCUUCUACUGGCUGUCUACUUCUGGAUUCUCCCAGAGUCGGCCCGUUGGCUACUAACUCAAGGCAGGCAGAAUGAGGCCAGACAGGAGCUCCGGAGGGCAGCUGCGGUCAACAGGAGAGAGGUCCCCCAGUCAUUACUCGACAUGCUGGAGGCUGAGAACACGUCUACAACGGGCAGCAUGAUGGACCUCUUCAAGAUACCCAACCUGAGGAAACGUGCUCUCACCAUGAGCUUCAUCUGGUUUGUGACCAGCCUGGUCUACUUCGGUGUGAGUCUUAACGUGGGACAUUUUGGCCUGGACACCUACCUGACCCAGUUCAUCUUUGGCCUGGCAGAGAUUCUUUCUCGCCUGGGCUGCUACACCCUCCUGGAGCGCCUGGGCAGGAGGCCCUGUCAGGCAGGCACUCUCUUCUUUGGUGGAGCAGCUUGUCUCCUAAUUCUUGCUAUUCCUGAAGACCUUCCAGUAUUGGUGACGGUCAUUGCAGUGACUGGAAAGUUUGCUAUAGCAGCCUCCUUCACUAUUGUCUAUGUAUAUACUGCUGAACUCUAUCCUACCGUUGUAAGACAGAAUGGUGUGGGUCUGAACUCCAUGUGUGCCCGUGGGGCGGGCAUCCUGGUCCCUCUGAUGCAUCUGCUAGAGGUGUACCACCAGGCCCUGCCCAUGCUCAUCUGUGGCCUCCUGCCCUUCAUCGGUGGGGGGCUGUGUUUUCUACUGCCAGAGACCCUCAACACUGAGCUCCAAGACUACAUAGACCCACUCGUGGAGAAGACAAUAACAUCAGAGAGCGGGACUAUUGAAAACGGACUCGAUGAGGAGGAGAAACCAACUGAAUUGAGGAGCUCAAAAUUCUGAUCACUGUCUGGUCCAUACUCUCUGGAGGUGUGAGUUAGUUAUUACUCUAAAAUAUCUCUUGUUUUUUUGUAAAUGAUACCACCCUUUUGGGACUAAUUAUUUGUUUAAAUGAAUGAAUAAUACAAAAUGAUUGAUGUUGUGUAUAAAAUAUGGACCCAUCACAAUAUGAAUCUUGGUGAUCAGGGGUGCCAUAUGGGGGGUGGGGUGGAUGAUUCUAAGGGCCUGUGACUGAGGGGCCCUAAAAAAUUAUUAGAACAUUAGGUUUAAAAAAAUCAAUAUUAAAUGAUUAACCUAUUGUCAUUAAUAUAAUAUUUGAUUUACAAUGUACUAAUAAAACUUGUGGUUUCUUUUUAUUUUCUUGUUUUUGGCAAAAAGUAAACAUCCAGAGAUGUUUUAGCCAACAUCAAUACAGGCAAACUUUUAGCAAGCUAUUCAUACUAAAUCACUUGCCCCUGCCUGGUGCCAGGCCCAACAGAUGCAGCUUCAGGCCCAGCAGCCCUGUCUCCCCAUCCCCAUACCCCUGAACCAGCCCUACUCCCAACCCAACCUCCCAAAGGAGGUGGGCAGCAUUGUGUUGAAUGACAUGUCAAUUGACAUAAUUGCAGGUACUGCAAUGCAUUGAGGACAGGAAAAUUUCUCUGACACAGAGGCAGCCAAUAUCAGAGCCUUAAAGGAAGAGAUGCAGGCUCUUAGAGAUGGAUGGGAGUCUCUCCUGUCUGAGGCAACACUGAUUGCUACGCAAAUGGAUGUUGCACCUCAAUUUAGCAAGGAACACAGCUGCCAUAGGAAAAGGAAGAGAUUCCAUGAUGAGACCUCUCAAGAGGAGACAGCUCAGGACAGUGCAACAACGGUGUUUCGGAACACAGUGUUUUUUUUACUGCUAUGGACACCAUCAUAAGUGACUUUGACACUAGGUUCCACACCACUGAAACAAUUGUAGAAUACUUUUCUGCUGUUCUGAAAGUUGGGCAGAUUAGUGAGGAUAAAGUCCCUUCUGUGUGCCAACCACUGAUCAUGAAGUAUUCCAGAGGUCUUACACCUGAGUUUCAAAAUGAAGUAAGACACCUGAACACUGUAUAUGCUGCCACUUUCCCCCCAUAUCUUGUCCCCUCUUGGUCUCCUGAAUGCAAUUUGGAAGAUGCAGCUGCAAAGCAUUGUUGGAGAAGUGUGCAUUGCUUUACCUAUAUAUUGCACACUGCCUGUGACUGUUGCUGGUGGUGAGAGAGCUUUCAGUAAGCUAAAACUGCUAAACUAUUUGAGGUCCAUUAUGUCCCAGGACAGGCUUUGCAGUCUUGCCAUGCUGUCCAUUGAAAGUCUGUUAGCUAGAAAGCUGGACUUCAAGACUUGAUCAGUGACUUUGCUAUUAAGAAGGCCCGGCGCUGGGCUCUUGGUGAGUAAGGCUGAGCAAGAGCCAGUGAUAACUGUUAAAUGGCAUGGAUAUUGGAUCACUACACACAUGAUGCCCACAGGCUGAGAACCAGACAGAACAGGAUGUAUCUCAAAGUAAUGGCUGGAUUGCCAUAAAAUAUGUUGUGCACAAUCAAGACCCCAAGUGAAAGAAACUUAUUGAUUUGGUGACCACUUGAUCUUUCCUCUAGCGCCACCAUCAGGCCUUUUCAUUUCCCUUUUAUUUUCCAUUUUCAGUUUCCACUUUUACAGCUGCUUAUUUUCCAGUUGGUAUGUAAUACUUAGUUCACAAAUCUGCUGCUGAUUUUAUUAUUUUGUUUGUUAUCAUUCUAUAGAUGAUAAUGUUAAUUUAUUGUAGUUGCAUAGGAUAAUGUAUAUUUAAGUUAUUUAUUUGAAGUUAUUCAUUAAUGUUAAGAGAAUUUUCCAUUCAAGAAUUGUACCAUUAAAAUUUAA